AUGGUUCACUUGACGAGGCACCUUUUUCUCAAUCCCCACGCGUUGCACCAAGUGGUGCAGCGCAGUCAACAACGCGGGUCCGCUGUGUUUCAAUACUUCAGGCGGGAUCCCGUCGACACCGGUACACUUGCCGUUUCGCAGCUGAGCAACUGCUCUCUGCAUCUCAUCAAGUGUCGGCGUGUCCGUCCAACUAACAUUCACCUCGUGCUGCUUCAGACCGUUCAAGUGAUGGCAGUUGUUCAAGGGACGCUCAAAGUGUUUUCACCAGUUCUGCAUUAUGUCUGCAGUCUUUGUGCAUGUAGC